AUGUGCGAAGUGACCCGCGGGACAGUGCGACUUGCGCUGCUUGACCCGUACUGGUCACGCAGAACACCCAUACUGAACCGACAGGGCUAUCUUGAUUUGGUGGACGAUAUGUCAAUGAAGCCAGUUGGCAAAACUACAGCCGAGCUCAGCCUGGCUUUGGCCUUGGACUUGGCAAGGAAGCAAGUGCUGUUUGAGAUUUAUUAUUCUUGUCCGGCCAUGACACAAAUGCCAAUCGUGGCAGACAACAGCCCAGCAGAAGAAUUGGUGCGCCGCAAACGUGCUGCACUGGUGCAGUACGAUGCAUCCUGCUGCGUCCUCUGGGACCUCCAGGCACAGCACCUACUUGCUCCAAACCUUUACCUGCACAGCAUGCGUUACCCUCAUCCAGGCUACGGGGCGCCCGCAGCAAGCGCUCCUGAUGACGCUCUAGCCAGAGCAUGCGGUCAGCGCUGGCAAAGCCCAGGCUUGACGUAA